CUCCAACUCAGACAGAGACCUUGUCCUCCGACUGGCUCGAACCCCCGGGAGCAGAGAAGCGCCUCACUUCCUCACUUAGACGGGACCUUUGGCCAACAUGGAGAGAAGCAGGCGGCUGUGGCUCUACGUGAUGACCUGUGCCCUGUCUCUGCUCGUCGGCCUGGAGACCCUGGCUGAGUCCUACCCCUCCAAGCCGGAUAGUCCCAGGCAGGACUCCCCAGAGGACUUGGCCAAAUACUACUCAGCUCUGCGGCACUAUAUCAAUCUCAUCACCAGACAGCGGUAUGGAAAACGGUCCAACCCAGAGAACCUGAUUUCUGAUCUGUUGCUGAGAGAAAGUACAGAAAACCUUCCUAGAUCCAGGUUUGAGGACCCUUCCAUGUGGUGAUGGGAACUCCAGCUCUUUCCCCCCCACCCCAAGCUACAAAGCUUGGUCUCCCUACAUCCACCAACCUUUUCGAUGCACGUAGCCGCCCUCCCCAUGUCCCCCGAGUUUAUUUCGUGUGAUUGUCAAAAAUAUAUGUGUGUUUAAAUAAACUACCAUGCAUUCAAAAA